AUGUAUCCCGAUUCCAAAAUCCAUAAUCGGAAGCCUCUCAAAGCCGCACAACUCUCCCAAGGACGCCUUAAAAUCCCCAUUCACACCUGCUACAGCAAUGCCAAUAGCAAAAAUAAUAAAAAGCUCAAAGCAAUUGACCUGCAGAAGCUCAUUCAAGACUCCCCCUACAAAUUUGAUACCAAAGAUUCUCCCGCUUCACUUCCGAGGCCUUUAAUGUCUGCCCAAUUGUCUGAUUUGAGCUCGGGAGUAAAGGAAGCAGGAAUACCUCUAUUUUUUCUUCUUCGGGGUCAAGAAUCGCCGGCAGUCACGGAGGCGAAGCAGCUGGUCAACUGGUCUAGGGCUCGAAUCGAGCAGCUGCUGUCCUGCGGAACUUCAUGGACUCAGGGGCUGAGGUGGCGAAGCAGCUGCGGCCUGUGA